CAGUGCCUCUUAUCAGACAGAGCAGGGCUAUGAAGAGAAGGGGAGAACAAUAUUCCCUGGACAUUCUCAAGUUUUGAAAACAAACAUGUCGUUGUCCUUAGAGAUGUUAAGCUACUGCGGGGGUGGACAAUGCACACGGAAACAGUGAAAGUACGGAGAAAGGACGCGAUGACACCAAUAAAAAGAACAAAAUACGCUAUCCAGAAAGAGGCUAAACAUCCCAUAGAGUAAAAGAGAUGAGAUGAUCAGGCUUUACAUUCCCAAUUGAAAAAGUGAAUGAGACAAUGAGAAAAACGCAAUGAAGCUGAACAGGCAACAACGACAAAAAGGGAGAAACGAAGUCAGUGUACAUUCCACCAGAGAGGAUAAGGGCUUGUCCUGUCCAGGUGUAUUGAUCCAGCAAGUGAGAUGUAGGCAAAUCCAACCAGUAGGAGCAUAUGGUGUGGCGCUUCCAGCUUAAAAUAAAGUUUUUACCUCUCAUGAAGAACUUUGGGAUCUGUAGUUGCAUUCUGUUACAAGACAGAGGAGGGGAGUAAUAUCCCUGUGAAUUCUGGGAUCUUUUUCCUUUUUUGCUUCAUUUCAUUUUGGGAAAAUCAUCUCCAUGGUGGAAUGCAAUGGAAUACAAACGCAGGCAGCUUAACAGACUUAACUGCUGAUUUGAGAUUGGUGUUCAUGUUGGGGGGGUGGGGGGAUUUAUGUCGGUGUUCCUUGGCAGUGGUUCUGAUCCUGUACAAUGUGGUUCACACCUAGGAGACGAUACUUUUGGUCUUUCCUUUGGCAGACACCGAAGCUAGAGGUUGCCAGUGGAAAUUUUAACUUUGCCCUGUGGAUAUUAAGCUUUGCAUCAUUUGUGAUGCUCAUGGAUGGUCAGGUUCACUACCCAACUGUCAAUACUCAUUAUGGAAAAUUACGAGGUGUCAGGGUCCCACUACCGACUGAGAUCCUGGGACCUGUUGAUCAGUAUUUGGGUGUUCCCUAUGCAGCUGCUCCUGUAGGUGAGAAACGCUUCAUGCCACCAGAUCCACCCUCCUCUUGGUCUGGAAUUAGGAAUGCUACCCACUUUUCUUCAGUUUGUCCUCAAAACAUCCACAAUGCUGUUCCAGAAAUUAUGAUGCCAGUGUGGUUUACCUCUAAUUUGGAUAUAGUUGCUGCCUACAUUCAGGACCAAAAUGAAGACUGCUUAUAUUUAAACAUCUACAUUCCAACGGAGGAUGUAAAGCGAAUUCCCAAGGAAUGUGCCCGCAAGCCCAACAAGAAAAGUUGUAAGAAAGGAGGAAGCACCACCAAGAAACAGGGUGAAGACAUAGCCGAUAAUGACGGCGAUGAAGACGAAGACAUUCGAGACAGUGGAGCGAAGCCUGUGAUGGUCUACACGCAUGGAGGGUCAUACAUGGAAGGCACAGGAAACAUGAUUGACGGCAGUGUCCUCGCUAGCUACGGCAAUGUCAUCGUCAUCACCCUGAACUACCGAGUUGGAGUACUAGGUUUCCUUAGCACAGGCGAUCAAGCGGCAAAGGGAAAUUAUGGCCUGCUGGAUCAGAUCCAGGCACUGAAAUGGAUCAGUGAGAACAUUGGUUUCUUUGGGGGAGACCCGCGACGCAUCACUGUGUUUGGUUCUGGAAUCGGUGCAUCAUGUGUCAGUCUGCUCACACUGUCCCAUCACUCUGAAGGAUUAUUUCAUCGUGCUAUCAUCCAGAGUGGCUCUGCCCUUUCCAGCUGGGCAGUAAACUAUCAGCCUGUGAAGUACACAAGACUGCUUGCAGAAAAGGUGGGUUGCAAUGUACUGGAUACAUUAGACAUGGUAGACUGCCUACGGCAGAAGAGUUUUCGGGAACUCGUUGAACAGGAUAUCCAACCAGCACGGUACCAUGUAGCAUUUGGCCCUGUCAUAGAUGGAGAUGUAAUACCUGAUGACCCUGAAAUCUUGAUGGAGCAGGGUGAGUUUCUGAAUUAUGACAUCAUGCUUGGAGUGAACCAAGGGGAAGGGCUCAAAUUUGUGGAGACGACUGUGGAGUCUGAAGAUGGAGUAUCUGGGAGUGAUUUUGACUUUGCUGUCUCUAACUUUGUGGACAACUUGUAUGGAUAUCCAGAAGGAAAAGACACACUGAGGGAAACCAUCAAGUUUAUGUAUACUGACUGGGCAGACAGGGACAACCCUGAGACCCGGCGUAAGACCCUGGUGGCCCUUUUCACUGACCACCAGUGGGUUGAACCUGCUGUGGUGACAGCAGACCUACAUGCUCGCUAUGGCUCUCCCACCUAUUUUUACGCAUUCUAUCAUCACUGCCAGAGUUUGAUGAAACCAUCAUGGGCAGAUGCAGCUCAUGGUGAUGAAGUACCUUAUGUUUUUGGGAUUCCUAUGAUUGGACCUACAGACCUCUUUCCCUGCAACUUCUCUAAAAAUGAUGUAAUGCUGAGUGCAGUCGUCAUGACCUACUGGACAAAUUUUGCAAAAACAGGGGAUCCAAAUAAGCCAGUCCCUCAGGACACCAAGUUCAUCCACACAAAAGCAAAUCGUUUUGAAGAAGUGGCUUGGUCAAAGUAUAGCCCAAGAGAUCAGUUGUACUUGCACAUCGGGCUGAAGCCUCGAGUCCGAGACCACUACCGUGCCACCAAGGUGGCCUUCUGGAAACACUUAGUCCCUCAUCUUUAUAAUCUGAAUGACAUGUUUCACUACACCUCCUCCACUACCACUAAGGUACCCGACACUACACAGAAUUCUCAUGCUACAAGGCAUCCUGUAGGCAAAACCUGGCCCACAACCAAGCGACCACCAAUCUCAACAGCCUACCCAAAUGAGAACUCGAAGGAGAACUGGAACACAGAUCCAGACACAUUGGCAAUUGAAAAUCCACGAGAUUACUCUACAGAGCUCAGUGUCACAAUUGCAGUUGGGGCUUCACUGCUUUUCUUGAAUGUUCUGGCAUUUGCUGCCCUCUACUACAGGAAGGACAAAAAGCGACAGGACACUCACCGACAGCCAAGUCCACAGCGUAAUACUGCCAGUGACAUUGCACAUGCCCAGGAGGAAGAGAUCACCUCACUGCAGAUGAAUCAGACCCACCAUGACUGUGAAUCCAUUCAGGCACAUGACACAUUACGACUCACCUCUCUCCCCGAUUAUACACUUACAUUGCGACGAUCUCCAGAUGAUAUCCCCCUUAUGACGCCCAACACUAUUACAAUGAUUCCCAACUCUCUUGUGGGAAUGCAGAACCUUCAUCCAUACAAUACCUUUGCUGCUGGUUUCAACAGUACAGGCCUUCCUCAUUCACAUUCAACUACCCGGGUAUAGCUUUAAGGUGCAGAUACUGAAACUCAAACAAAGAUCAGCCUGCUAUGUAGAGCAACGGUGAUCAAGGGAUGGAAAGUGCCAGAAUUUGUAUGAGUAAGCUGUUUUAAAAAGUUUAAUAAAAUAAUUACAUCUACAAAGGAACAGUACGGAAAUGAGGGCUGAGCCAUUAAGAAAAUGAUAUCAUUGUUUGCUUGGGGUGCUUCAGGAUAACUCCAUGACUUUGAGAGAACCUGUGCAACUAGGCCUCAUCAGAUGAGUUAAAUGAAGAAGUCUCUGAGAAAUGAACAGAGAAAGUGAUUUUUUUUUCUCUGCACUGUUUUGGAAAUGGGGAGGUGGGACUAUGGCCUGGAUUGUUCAAAAGAAUGAAGUCUCCUACCUCCCCUCCCACCUCCCCUCCCACAUCAAGGACAGAGGAUCCUGUGCUUGGUUUGUCUGUGUGUUCAAAUAAAUGUACAGGCAAGCAUGCAUCUUGAGGAAUAACUGGGAGGUUUUCAGUUUCAUUUUUUGCAUUUUUAAUGCCUUACAGUCACAGUAUGUGUUGUGCAGACACUGUUCACUUCUGCUCACAGGAAACAGAAACGUGUUCUUUUGGAAAUUUUUGUUUAUUUUUACAUGACAGGUGAGGAAAUAAAACGUAUGCAGAUCAGGAGUUUGAGAUCUGGGAAUGUUUUCAACAGGUUAAUAUGCUUUCCUUUAUUAUUUGAGGAAGUUCAAUUCACUGUUCUAUUGAUGGGGACAAUCUACCACACCUGUCUUUACCAUCAUGGACUCUGUAACUAAAUGUAUGUCGUUUUCUUUUACAUUUUUGGAGGGGUGGGGGGUUUGAGGGAGAGGUAGAAAUAUAAGGAAGAUAAAAUUUACACUAAAGAUUAUGCGUUUGUAGAAACUUUGUAUAAAACAAGACUCAGUAAUACUAUUAAUAACAGCCUUUUAAUUAUUUUUAUUUCAUUAAGUUUAGAAAUUCAGCAGCUUCUCCAUCAAUUCUGUGAGUAGUUGAACAGAUAUAUUGCUUCUAAUUGCUCAUGUUUUGAGGGAGAAAUCAUAAACAAGAUCAAUAUAUCCAUUUUUGUUUGAUUUUUGGAAGCUGGGAUGCUAUCAUAUUGUAUGUUUUGUUGACUAACUGAUAUGAAUUCCUCCCAUUUCUUGUAAAACAUUUUAACAAAAGAGGUUGAUUUCUGUGAGUCAUGCCUUACAACCUUAUACCUUUUAGCUGUUGUGUAUUAUGAAGGGAUUUAUUUUGCUACCAAGUUGCUUGAUGUGUGAUAAAAGAUGACCGCUAACACAAUUAGACUAUCUUUAUUUUUAAAAUAAAUUUGAUACCUGUACAUAUUUUUGCACACCUUUACCAUGAUAUAGUCAAGAUGGUUCUGGUGUUCAGUUGAAACCACAUGGCACAAGGAGUCAGUGUUACACUGUUAGAGUACCUGUAACUAUACUGCACCAAAUCUGUAUGAAAUCUCCUCAAAACAUGAGGAGACACAAACUAUAUGCCAGAGGCUGUGCACUGGGAUGUGUUUUAACCCAGAUAAGAGAGAUAAAUGCAAUUCAGUAUCAUUCAGUCAUGCUCUUUCAGUUCCAAAUAAACAGCCAUCUACAGCCUAGCAACUUCCAAGAAAACAGUCUCUACAGAAUUAUCAUCAGGAGAUGACCAUAGGGGAAAAAACACAGUUAAGUUGCUGCUGUUUCUUUGGAUGGUCACAUAUUCAUUAACUGUCCAACCUGAAUUUUUAUGUUAUUAGUUUUCAUAAAACAUACUGUCAGUUCAUUUAAAUGCAUUCAGUCGGUGGAAGAGGAAAAAACAAAUCAAAAGUACAGGGUAAAAAAAAUCAUAGCAAUAAGAUGGGUACCAUGUUUUAGUAAAAUAAUUAGAUUAUAAGAAAAUUGUUCCAAGCUUAAGAAUGACAUCCAUUAAACCGCUGUGCAACUGUUAAUGUACUGCAGGCAAAGAUACUCAAAAAGUGGGUUAAAGAUUGAUGAGACGUUAGAGCAAUAAACUGGGCGCUGUUUAAAAUUUAACUUGCCACUGAAGUGAGCACUGAUCGCUAUGUAUAUAGAACAUGUGCUGACCUUUCCUGGGCAGAAGACACAUUGUUUUGCUGGUAGUUUACCUAUAGUUUGUCUGUUUAACAAAUGGAAACAUUGUGCCUACUAUUAGUGCCAGUUUGGCUUUACAAUUCUAUGUCAACAUCUAAAUUCGGAAGCGUGACCAAAUGCACACAUGGUUGUGCGUAUAUUUCCCACACUCUCCACAUCUGCAGUAAUAGGAGAUAGAAGGAGUGAGGGAGUGCAUUAGUUGGAAUGAUUUUCAAAAUGGAUGAAAGGAACUGCUGAACUGAAGUCGUAGAAGAAAAUGCUGAAAGUGGUGAAGUGCAUUUGGCAGGAGAGCAUGUAUCUCAUGUUUUAGGCACGUUGAUUGAGUACCUUAGUAUUUGCAACUGUGAUCUGCAGAAUGGUCUGAUGAAAACAGAGCCUCCACUUACAACCAUACCUUUUGGUAGUGUAAUUACAGAGAUUUUUCAUAUUCACAGCAGUAACAGAAUAUGUACAGUCAAGAAUGAUAAUGUAGAAUGAAGUCUCUGAUAAGUUCUGAGGUGUGAAUGUCCAUUUUCCACUUCAGGACAGUGAGUAUUUCAUUCUUUGACCACUUAAAGUGAUCAUCUUUAGUUUGCAUUUCCUUUGAGCAGGUGUUACUUGCUGGCCCUUAACAUGUGUUUUGCAGCAUGGUCAAAGAAUGCAAAAAAUAAAAAGAAAGCAUAAAAUUUAUAGAAGCAGUUGUUUGUUAAUGAGUAGAUAUUACUGAAGAAAUAUUUUUUGUCUUCGUAUGCCUUUUGUCUGUGGUAUCAAAAAGAGCACUGUGCUUGAAUAACAGCUGAAAUCACUAUAAAAUGAUACCCCCUUUCCAUACAAGAAAUACCCAGAUAAAGGAGCAUGAAUGCAUAUAUGGAGAGAGUUCUUAAAAUGGAAUAUUUGUAGCAAGCAUGUUGGAGUCCAAGUUCUACAAUGAGAAAUGUUCCUUAAAAUUCUCCCAUUGAAAUUUUAUAUGGAGAUACAAAUUCGUUGGAAUUAAGCUAGAUUCUUCCUUUCCAACAACUGACCAACAGUCCUGUAGAUAACAUCCUGUCUGGUAGAAAAUGAUUUGCAAAUUAUGCCAUAAUCAGCAUGAGCUGCAAAUGGCAUCAAUCAUUUGCUGGACAAAGGUUACAUUUCCAAGUUCGAGAGACAGUUUAUGUCUGUGUUUUACAGCAGUCAAUUAAAAGGGUGCCAUCUUUUUUGUAAUCUCAUUUGAAGCAACACUGAAGAUGUUUACCGUUUCAGUUAUUUCCGCACUGAUAGCCAUUUAUCCUGCAGCAGGUAGUUACCAGUGCAGGCUGACUGCUAUAAGAGACAAAAAGGAAGAGAUUUUCACCCAGGAGGAAUGAACAUCAACAAAAGGUUUUCCAUAGUGGUGCAGCAGUGUAAACGAGAAAGUGGUGCCCCUGGUUAACAUGUUACACAUUUUGAAAGUAUGACGCAAGAUCUGUAACUUUUCAAAUGGAAUAGUCUGGAAGCUAUGGGAUGAGAAGGUUAGUAGUACACCUAGGAAGCCACUUAGAAGCUAUGGCUUACAUGAUAUGCAAAGAAGGGAUAAAAGGCUAGGAAACAAGCAUUCUCUCCUGUAAACUAAGGGAUUUGCAGAGAUUUUGGAGAGAUGAAAGCACACACUCCUCAUAUCUCUCAACAUCCCUCACUGACUUAAAUGUUAGCUCUUUUCCUCUUAAUUCCUCCUAAAGCUAGUGAAUUCUGGAGAAAAGAUUGUGCAGUACACUUAAUAAAGUAUGCCAAUAAUUAAUAUAAACAUAUUUUACUUUAGAAAAUGUAUAUUAAUUUGUAUAUGUGUUAUUUUGUCAAUGCUCCCAGAUAAAUAGGAUUAAUAUUUCACAAGUGCCCCCAAUUGUCACAGAUUAUGAAUGGAUUUAUACUGGAUUUGUUUGUGAUUUGUUAAUAGCUGUGGCAAUCCUGCAUACCAGGUGAUUGUAGCUUUGCACUGGAUUCAUCUGCCCAAGCAGCAGUCAGAAAUGAUGCAUUGAAAUGCUCUGGGGUAAAAGUAGAACAAGUUGGUUAGCUUGUAUAGGUAUGCUGAGAAGUGCAAAGUAAAAAAGUAUAGCAGCCACUGAAAGCCAGGGAUUUGUAAGAUGUUUAAGAUUUUGUUGAAGAACAAAUGAUUGUGUGAUAACCAGUAGACACAGGCUGUCCCUAACAUGACCCAGCUGAAGUGGAGUAGAGGUUAGUUGAAUACAAACAUCACUGGUAGCUUUAGUUUGGUCAAACCUUACAGACCCCCAAAUUAGAGUGGCCACUCCAUAUGUAGCACAUAACUGCACUAACAUAAUCUGUCCAGUCUGAAAUGCCAUCUGUAGUUAAACUCUCUGAUUUUGAAGGAAGCAGUAACCCACCAAUUGUGUAAGUGGCACAACAGGUAGCACACUUCCUUUGGUACUGGAAAAUCUGAAAACAGUGGGUUCUGUCCCACCACAGGUACUUUGAUUAUAUUUUUCAAUACUGACACUGCAAUACAACAUUAUGGGGGAGCUGCACUCUGGGCAAUGCUGUCAUUUGGCUGAGACAUUAAAACAAAGGCAUAUCUGCCUGAGAAUUGCAUGCUACUUAUCAAAACAUAAAUAAAAAAGUCCCCCGGUGCUAUGCUCCGAUUUCACCUAGUCAGACUGAGUACCACCUCUAGUCUUCUGUGAAAAGUGAACACUGGCACAGGGAGACAAACCUGACCAACAAAGAGUAAAUAAAUGAGACUAACAAGUAUAUGCUCUCUCCUUUGGCUGCCAAAGUAAUAAAGUAGGUGAAGUAUCAAGUCCAUCCUAAUGGUUGGAGAGGGACUUCAGAAGAGCCAAAAGGGCUUUACAGAUACAGAUAAUUCUUACUUCUGUUUCAACCUGAAGUAAACUAUAUACACUAAUGGGCUUUUCCUCAUGUGGAAGUUAUUUUAUUUAACUAACUGCUAACAUACUACAAUUUAUUUAAUAUAAGUGAAUUAUUUAUGGGUUACAAAUGAUAUGCAAUAUAGCAAAUACCUACAAAUGAGGCAAGUUUUCAUUUAAAAUGUAAUUUUUCAGAAACUUUUCUCCACUGCUAGCAAUGCUAAAGAUCUCAGUUUUACUUGAUGAAUUACAAAUAUGUACAAUUAAUUUUGGCUUCAUUUUGGUUGAAUGAAUCACAACUCAUCACAAACAGAACUCAAACUGACAUGUUAUUUAUCCUACGUUUUCCAGAAAAGUACCAACCUGCACCCCCAAUUUCAAGGGGCAAGGCCACCACACCCCUAAACUUAUAUGUACCAAUUCCACAUUGGCACCAACUCGAAGUGAGAAAUUUCCUUUCAUGUGCUGAUCAGCAUCUAAGUUAGUAUAUGAGGAUGCAAAAUAUUUUCUGUCUCUGCUAUGUUUGAUCAAAUGUAAACUACUCCAAACAGCAAUACUCAGUUGCAAUUACAUGAAAGCAACAGCUUGAGUGCACAAAGCUCCUAAACACAUGUAUGUGAAGCUGCUUUUCUGGAACUGCAGCCAAUUAAAAUAAAAUUCCAAGCAACCAUUUUUUCUUUUUCUUUUAAACCAUACCUGCCAUGUCGAAGGGGAAGCUUCUCACAUUCCCAUACCUCUGUUUUUCAAUGUUGCUGCUUGGAGAGCAAACAAAGAAAAAAAUUGCUCUUUUUCUAAGGUUCUGUGAUCUGAGCUCGCAUGCUGAUGAAUAUUUUGAGCCCACACAACGUAUUCCUAUAGGAAGCACUUCAAGUACUGAUUGUCAAAGACACGACUAAGAGUGACACAAGAAACCCACAUGGAGUACUUGAAUAAACAUGUAUUUUAUGUAUAACAAAAUUUUUUUCAGUAACAGGGAGCCCAAAUUCCUUGCCCUCAAAUGGAAUACAUUAUAGUAACAGAUUUCUUUAAGUCACAAUAAAAGGGAAGAUGGCAGUGAAAAGUCAUGAUUAACUAAUUACCAUUUAAAGGAAGAAAACAAUACAUGCAGUAUUAGUAAUAAUAUAAUAAUGUUACAAUGUAAUAGUAUUAUUAUAUUAAUAAAAUAAUAAUAAUGAUGAUACAAUGUAAUACUAUCAGGAUUUAAUUCCCUGGGCUACCACUGCAGUUAUACAGCAAGGUGAAUUUUAAUUAAUGCAUAACACUAUAUGUUGACAAAUCAGGAAUAAGGUAGCAGUGCCAGCUGAGUGUAAGAAUUACAAAGGCAGACAGCAUUCAUUUAUGCAGGAGGCUGUCCUGCACACGUUUUUCAACAGAUAAACUUGCAAUGAACCUGGAAGAAUUUCUCUGUAUUCCUGGAGUGCAGGGCUUCACCAAGUGCAUUCAUAAAAGGUAACAGUAAGAGUUUAACUCACUUGAGUUGUACUGCACCUAAGAAAAUACAAAAUGCACUGCAGGAGUCACCAGCAAUAAUGCAAUCAUGCAUUUUAUGUCUAUAUGGUUAACAACCAGAACCACUGGAUAACAUGGUAGCACAGUGGCUCAGCUACUGAAUAACAUGUUGACUCAGCGAUUAAGGUCUCUACUUCAGAGCAGUAAGGACUACAGUUCAAUCCUGAUGUCUGAUCAUUAUCUGUAGAAAUUCAUGCUUUGCCUGUAUUUUGAUAGUUUGCAGCCUCCCAAAAUAAAAUGACUAACUGGCCAUUCUACAUUCUAAAUACACACUACAUUUGCCCAUUCCCUUGUGACCUGUGUCAUGACUGAAAAUAUGUCAAGCAGGACAGGUUAUCUUUCCAAGUUUUUAAAAAAAAAAGCAUACACGUUGUAUGCUGCUAUAAUACACAAGACAGUAUUCUAAUUUGAUUUAACUAUGGUAGGGCUUGUAUAAUUAGUAUGGUGUCACUAAAAUUCAUUAUUAAGGCAAGCACCAUCUGAAAUGUUGGUAUGCAAAAGGACUGCUUAGAAUUAUGCAGCACUAGUUUUUAAGGACUUAAAGAAAUAGGAACCAUUCACCUAAAAGUGAGGCACAACGAAAACAGCAUGUUACACUUCAGUAUAGGACUGCAUUAAGGAGUCACCAGUGAGAUAACUUAUAAGCAUUAUUUGCAAUACUGGACAAUCAAGAAACAGGAUUUAAGACAAUACAAUUAAUAUUUCUGUAAAAUGAUGGGUUGUGCUUGACAAAAUAAUAUAUUCCUUCAGGUACUGAACAGUUGAAAGGUUUAUUGUUGAAUGUGUGCUGUUGAACAACUGACCCAUUUUUAUGAUGGUCUCUUGGCCUGACAGGCAUAUCACAGUUUUAGAUGUUAUGUUUAUUAAACUGCUGUAUUAUUAAAAUGAAUCAAGAGCAGUCCAAGUGAGACAAGAGUUGGGCUAACUUUAACCAUUCAUGCUCUGGCUUAAGGUGGGUAGCCUAGCCAGAUGAGACAGUUCCUUACCUUUUUUUACUGGAAAGGUAUAGAAAUGCCAUCUAUCCACUGGCUUAAAAUACAGGCAAGCUCACUAUCUUUAGCCAGCAUGUCACAAUACUUUCUGUAUGUUGCAGCAAAUGAAGCUUUUUUUCAGUUCUUGUAUAUUUUUUUCUUUUUUAAACUCAAGUGUGCCGUGUGCCAAAUUUAGAACCAGCAAACUUGAUAAAAAGGAACAAAAACAAA